UGAAGAAUAUGGGCUGUGACGACGUUUUUUGUGGAGGAGCGUCUUCCCUUGGACCUUGAACUGGCUCUCUUCUGCUUGCCCUUCCAGCGCUCGGAAGGAGUGAAUGAGAUGUGCAGCUCGGAGCGUUGUUUCUGAAGGGAGGAGUCAUUCUCUUGGAGAGGAGUCCUCCAUGAGCCUGGCCGAGGCCCGGGAUCUGUGUGAAGUGGACUAAGGAUUUAGUAGGAUGUCAACUGAGACAGAACUUCAAGUAGCUGUGAAAACCAGCGCCAAGAAAGACUCCAGAAAGAAAGGUCAGGAUCGCAGUGAAGCCACUUUGAUAAAGAGGUUUAAAGGUGAAGGGGUCCGGUACAAGGCCAAGCUGAUCGGGAUUGAUGAGGUUUCUGCGGCUCGGGGAGACAAGUUAUGUCAAGAUUCCAUGAUGAAACUCAAGGGCGUUGUUGCUGGUGCGCGUUCCAAAGGAGAACACAAACAGAAAAUCUUUUUAACCAUCUCCUUUGGAGGUAUCAAAAUCUUUGACGAGAAGACAGGGGCUCUUCAGCAUCAUCAUGCUGUUCACGAAAUUUCCUACAUUGCAAAGGACAUCACAGAUCACCGGGCCUUUGGAUACGUUUGUGGGAAGGAAGGGAAUCACAGAUUUGUUGCCAUAAAAACAGCCCAGGCGGCUGAACCUGUUAUUCUGGACUUGAGAGAUCUCUUUCAACUUAUUUAUGAAUUGAAGCAAAGAGAAGAGUUGGAAAAAAAGGCACAAAAGGAUAAGCAGUGCGAACAAGCUGUGUAUCAGGUUCCCACCAGCCAAAAGAAGGAAGGUGUUUAUGAUGUGCCAAAAAGUCAACCUGUAAGUGCUGUGACCCAAUUAGAACUUUUUGGGGACAUGUCCACCCCUCCUGAUAUAACCUCUCCCCCCACUCCUGCAACUCCAGGUGAUGCCUUUAUCCCGUCUUCAUCUCAGACCCUUCCGGCGAGUGCAGACAUGUUUAGUUCUGUACCUUUCGGCACUGCUGCUGUACCCUCAGGUUAUGUUGCAAUGGGCGCCGUCCUCCCAUCCUUCUGGGGCCAGCAGCCCCUCGUCCAACAGCAGAUCGCCAUGGGUGCUCAGCCACCAGUCGCUCAGGUGAUGCCGGGGGCUCAGCCCAUCGCCUGGGGCCAGCCGGGUCUCUUCCCUGCCACUCAGCAGCCCUGGCCAGCUGUGGCCGGGCAGUUCCCGCCAGCCGCCUUCAUGCCCACACAAACUGUUAUGCCUUUGCCAGCCGCCAUGUUCCAAGGUCCCCUCACCCCCCUUGCAGCCGUCCCAACCACGGGUGACUCCACCAGGGCAAGUCCACAGACCACGACGCCCAGACAGAAAAUGGGGAAAGAAAUGUUUAAGGAUUUCCAGAUGGCCCAGCCUCCGCCCGUGCCCUCCCGCAAACCCGACCAACCCUCCCUCACCUGUACCUCAGAGGCCUUCUCCAGUUACUUCAACAAAGUCGGGGUGGCACAGGACACAGACGACUGUGAUGACUUUGACAUCUCCCAGUUGAAUUUGACCCCUGUGACUUCUACCACGCCAUCAACCAACUCACCUCCAACCCCAGCCCCUCGACAGAGCUCUCCAUCCAAAUCAUCUGCGUCCCACGCCAGCGAUCCCACCACAGAUGACAUCUUCGAAGAGGGCUUUGAAAGUCCCAGCAAAAGUGAAGAGCAAGAAGCUGAGCUGGAGCCUCUCUAUGCACAGAUCAACAGACCUAAGAAGUAGCAUCGAGGUGAGCUCAUGGCAGGUACUUCAAGACUGGCAUGGAAAUCAGCAUCGCAACAGGCUCUCUUGUAUUCUUCCACCUCACCUCAUCCCACGACGAAAUUCAUGAUUGCCCAAUGGAACUCAUUUGGAAGAGGGAACUCAGAGUUUUUGGCAACCAAUGGCAGAUAACUAUGGCAGCACAAAAAAAAAAAAAAAAAAAAAUCAGAAAAGUAUAAAAAAAUCUUACCCAACAUUAAAUCACAAAUGAAGCAAAUGCUUACCUGACAAAUAUUCUGAGCUCUUACUGUGGGUUUAAGAUGACCCAGUACGUGAAAUCAUAAUUCUCUUUUUAUUUCUCGACCUGUUGACCGCUGUAAAGACACCAAAUGUGGAGUGACAGGCCUCAGAGAGUGACAACAGGGUUGGCACUGACUUCUUUUAGACAAAAGCAAGAGGUCCUCUGUGACUACAGUAUCCUCAUCCAUAUGCCUUUUGACAUAUGACGAUGUCUUUUCAUCACUCCACAGGGCCUGGUCUGCCAUUUUUUCCCCCUUUCCUUUAUCAUGUUUGAAAAUUAAUGGGUGUAAAAAUUUUUGUAUUGCUUUUGACUUUUUUUAGAUAUGGGUGAGGAAAUCUAACUGGAAAAGAAAAGCCUCAUAUGAACUGAAUUAACUUGAAAAUCACAAGACGAAUAAGUGGUUGGUUAUUCUUAUGAUCAAGAAUGUUGCCAAAACAACCCUUUAGCUAUUUCUGCAUCCUGGUGAAGAAAGACAGCUUUGGGUUGGGACCUUCAUUCUGUGAGUAGGAAAGGACAUCGGAUCCCAUUGAUGAGAAAGAUGAAAAACGCAUCUGAUUUCCUCAGAAGCUCUAAACUCUUAAGUACAAUAAAAUGAUAUUUUUUAUUUUUCCGAAUCUUGCUGCUGUGUUGCUAUGCAGACAAGUGUCUUCUCCACGUGCCAUUUUCAAAGAAAAGUCAUUUGCCAAAUAAUUCUGGUACAAUCUUGGUAAUGUAGUUUUGGAUCUUAAAACCGACCUUCUAGUGGAACAAUGGUGACAUGAAUAUUCAGAAUAACAAACUGAUUCCGGGAUCACGAUGGUUCAUCUCUAUCUCUUUUUGUACAUCAGAAAAUUCAAAUGGGAUUUUUAUUUUCUAACUUGAAAAAAAACAAAAACCUUACCAUUAAACUCUUUAAAUAUUUAAGGGAAAUGGCUUUAAGGAGUUCUAAUGAAAAAAAAUUGCCAUUUUUUUUGUAAAUAUAAAUGUUAAUGAAAAUGCUUUUUAAUAAUGCCAUUACACUGUAGACAAGGUAGCAGAUUGAGUGCAGGAUGUGACAGACCUGAUGGAUGGGGCUCUCUCCCCAGAUGUUAUUGUGGAGCACGUGGGAGGAAGCUGGAGUUCAGGGACGGCUGGCCGGAGCACUUGGCCAAUCGGCAGCUAGUGAACAGGAAGGGAGCCCGUGACCCCACCGUCGACUGCAGCCUUUCCGCAAGAGUGCCCGCCCUUGGCGGAAACCAAGAAAACGUUCACAUUUUGAAGGCCUGUCCUUCAGAUUCUGAAACUCCCUCCCACCUCUUCACUCCCAUCCACCCCCCAUAGAGAUUGCUGGACUGUCUGUGUGUGAAACAGAGGAGUUUAAGCUUCCUUUUUUUACACUUAUGAGACAAAAAGUGCAGUGUUCAGUUCGUAUGUUUAGCACAUGAUUUUUCAUAAAGAAUCUAUAUAUUUUUGCCCUACAGAGAAUUGUUCUACAGGUCACGUGUGUUUUCCUGAUGUUCCUAUGCAGUUCAGUAUGUUGAAUUUAGUGGUUUAACACUAAGGAGAAAACAUUAGAGGACCAUGUGAUUAACUGGAUUUGGGGUUACCUGUUAUUACUUGGUUUUCAAAUUGGGAAAGUAGAAUUGACACUGAUAUGAUUGACUUAAAUAGGCCUGUGUACUGUGGU